AUAUAAAACGGCUUGUGCUCUCUUACGAUUUGUCAGUUUCAAUUCAUUUCUCCGCCAUCGUUUGACUGCAUCAAAAUGAAAGUUUUAGUUAUCGCUUUAGUGCUUGCCUUCUGUACCACGGCAUUUUCAUAUGAAAUGUCUGGAUUUUUCAAAGAAGAUGCUCAUCCUGGCAAGUGUGUCUACAAGGAUUUGAUCUUAUCGGCCGGUGAAGAGGGAUAUCCCAAGAGUGAAUGCGUUCGCCUUUUGUGUGGUGACAAUAGUUUUGGCACAAUUCAGGGUUGCGGUACUCAAGCGGCUGCCCCUCCUUGUAAAUUGGGUGACUAUGUGAAUCGCGAUGGCAAAUAUCCCGAAUGUUGUAAACGCCACGUUGUAUGCCCCUAAUUUUGUAAACUGUCGAUCGUAGAAAAUAAACAAUUAGAAAAAUUUAAA